CAGAAUAAUAUUAAUCCGCGGAAAACAUGAUUACUCCCGGACGCAGCGAGUUGGCUGUGUGCAUUGUUUGGGGCACAAGUCUGGGAUACGAAUGGUUUUAGGUGCUACUGAACCAACCAAAAUGUCGGCACACGCGUUUACUACACCACCGGAUGAUAUCGUACCUAUGAUGCCGGAUGAGAACUUCCAACAAACCACAGUCAUCGCUGGCUUGAUGCCAGAUUCAUUAGGAGAAAUGUUCAACUUCCUCGACGGAGACAGCUUUGGGAUAGGACCGAUGCACGAAUUCGUAUAUGGGUGGCAAGCGAUAGUUAAUACGAUGAGCAUGAAGAACAACGUGGAAGUUCGCAAACGUGCGGGCCUUCAGCGUUUUGCUCUUGCUGGAAUUAACGGCAUAACUCUUAUCUCUCACAUCGGUGCAACGGAAAUUAUGAUCAACGGUACCAGAACGUAUUGCUUUGGAGGUGUUUCAAGGCCUCCUGGUAGACGAAGCGUCAUAUGUAAGGGCGCUAUGUACCAAGAAGGACGAUUUUCUUGUAGAGUGCCAUACCUUCGUUUUCCAAGUGUGCUAGGAUAUCGUUACUGUAUUGAUAAGUAUGCGACAGUAAAUUCACUUGAUGGAACAUACAAAACCGCUUAUUGUGCACGUGGAGAAAGUAUCCCUAAGUUUCACUACGAUUACAUUUGCGAGCGAAGAGACGUCAAGAUCAAGCACGUCAAUCUCUCGGAUCCUAACGAAAGGUUUAACAUUAGAAAUCCUGUGGUGCGGAGAGCUGAAUAUUAUAGAGCUCCAUACGAUAUACUGAAGGCAUGUCCAGACUGGUAUGGUUGCAAUCUUCAUAUUUCACCAGAAACUUUACAUCAAAACUUACCAAGUGGUUUGAUGGAUGCCAAUGAGACAGCUUUUGUGGGUCAUGGAGGAGCAUACUGGCUUUCCCUUUAUUACACUCAGCUUUCUACAUACUCAAUUUACUUUCAAGCACAUGGCGAGUAUCCGUGGCAAUCUAAUAGACCUGUGGUCAAUGUCGAGAGAGGUGGUAUUUGGGAGCAGUUACUCAAGGCCAACAUUGGUCCGGACAUGAAUUUACAUUACAAUCUCAAUGGCAUUUACAACAGAUAUCCAGCUUCUGCUGCUCUACCUGAUUUGAUGCGAAACGAUGGACAGGUUCAACCAGCGAAUUUCAGAACUGAGAACCGAGAACCAGCUUCAGAAGAUAUUAUUGUAGGAGCUUCCGGCCAUGUGCCUAUAGACGGUGGACAAGGUAAAAUGGAUGUGGGUUCUUACAAGUUAAUUCAUGAUUCUCAGAUACAAGCCAGUUUCGAACAUAAUAAAAAUUACUCAUAAUUGUUUUCAAGUUAAUUUUUUCCCCUAAUCAAAUAAUUCGUUUAUUGUAUAUUGGUAGUUUAAUUAUUCUUAUCGUAUAUACAAUUCUUUCCAAGAAGAAAUGCCUAGUUACAGCCAUUACUCUGUUACUUUUGUCUAAGUCAGAAUUAUGUUAUAUUCUUACAAUCCCAGGUACGCGAUGGGUGGGCUAGCAAUAAAUUUAUGUAUACCUUACAUCGAAAUUUCAUUGCCUGCCAAUCCAAGCACCUUAUUACUUGCUUUAUGUUUAAACGCAUG